UGCUUUUGUAUCAAAAAUUACAUAAUUUAAAAGUUUUUAAUAUUUGUGAAUAACGAAUAAAUAUAUUUAUAGGCUAUGAGCGAAGUUUAAGACAACUAAAUCCAUAACAAUUUAGAGCUGAAAAAUAUAUUUAAUUUACUAAACCCAAACUCAGAUGGAGAAAUAGAAAUAAAAUAGAUAAAUAAUCUUAUAUAGUAGCUAGAUACAUUGAAAAUAAAUUUCAAAAAUAAGAAGAGUGCUAGUGGUAGUGGAGAAAACAAUGAUUAAUCACCAGGUAUUAGUUAAAUCGCAGCUAAUUUGAACGGUGAUUCAAAGAAUGAUAAAAAAUAAAAUGCAAAUACAUAAAAAAGCUAAAGUAUUUAAUAAUAAAACUCAAAAGCUUCUAAUAGUGAAUAAAAUUAAAAGAUUAUAAGCUAAAGUUCUGUUUAAGCUAACUCGCAGCAGUAAAAAACAUAAUCAAGCAUAUAAGCUUAAGAAAAGGAAUUUUUAGAAGUAGUAGAGUUAAGAUAUUUUCCUAAUAAUAAAACUACAAUAAAUUUUAAUGAAUUUUGUGCAUAUUUUAAUGAGUGUAUAAGCAACAAGGAACUGCAAGAAGAGUUACUUCAUGGAUGCUUUAAUUAAUUUGAUUUUAAUGAGGAAGCCUGCAUAAAUUCAAAGAAAAUAAAAUCUAUUUUUGAGGUAUUUAACGAUAAGACUAAUUAAGAAGAGAUAUAAAAUGUUCUUAAGUUUUGUGGAGUUUCAAAUGAUAAAAUGAGUUAUGAAGAAUUCAAGUAAUUUUUUGAAAAAAAUUUAUGA